UAGAAGAAGAAGAAAAAUAAAGGAAAAGAGGACUGUUUUUACUCUGGCACUACUGUCAUCUCUUUUCCUCACAUCGUAACUAAACGUGGCUCGACCCGGUUUCUUUAAAGAACCGGUUUGUUGGACGUAACCAAGCUGUAUACUUCUUCGUCAGAUCCUUAUCAAAGAUCCAGGACGUUUCGUGUGGUGUGGGACAAGUUACAUACAGCAAAGUAAUGGGCACCACGGAGAAGCAAUUUCACCUGAACACACCACUGGUUGAAAGUGUCUGCAUGUCCAAACUAGUAGGAACAACUGUUUACUUAAAGAUGGAAAAUUCCCAGCCCUCUGGCUCCUUUAAAAUCCGUGGUAUUGGACAUCUCUGCCAGCAGGUUGCUGGAGAAUUAAAAGGAGUUGUCUGCUCUUCAGGUGGAAAUGCAGGUAUGGCUGCAGCCUACGUAGCCCGGAAAAUGGGUGUACCAGCCACCAUUGUGGUUCCUUCCUCUUCUCCGCAGCUGGUUGUUCAGAGACUCCAGGAUCAGGGUGCUACAGUCAAGAUUACAGGCAAGGUUUGGGAUGAUGCCAAUGCAGAGGCACUAAGGCUGGCUAAAACUGAAGAAUUAACUUAUGUUCCUCCAUUUGAUCAUCCUCUGCUCUGGCAGGGCCACGCCAGUAUGAUCACAGAGGUUGCUGUCUCUCUUGGUCCGAAUAUGAAGCCUGGAGCUGUGCUUGUAUCUGUGGGGGGAGGCGGCCUUCUCUGUGGAGUGAUCCAGGGCCUGAAGGAUGUAGGCUGGACAGAUGUGCCAAUCAUCGCCAUGGAAACUGAGGGGGCAGACUGUUUCAAUGCUGCAGUGAAGGCGGGGAGGGUUAUCACUCUGGAUGACAUCACUAGUGAAGCUAAAUGUCUUGGAGCAAGAACUGUUUGCAAGAAGGCUUUUGAAUACAGCCAAUGCAGUGACUUUACAAUCAUUUCAGAGCUUGUAACUGACCAACAGGCUCUUCUGGCUGUCGAAACAUUCCUAGAUGAGGAGCGUGUUUUGGUGGAGAUGGCCUGUGGAGCAGCACUGGCAGCUGUCUACAGUGGACUUAUUCAAAGACUACAGGGUGAAGGUCGGCUUCCAACUCCCUUGGGCUCCCUGCUUGUGAUAGUGUGCGGUGGCAGCAGUAUUGACAUGAAGCAACUCACCCACCUCAAACUCAAACUGCAGACUUAAACUACUGUAUUUGUGCAAAUGUGUGUGUACAGCAUUGUUUUGUGAGUGAUUGGCCAAUGCUGAAUUGGCUGGAAUGAUCUUGUGAAGGUAUUCAUGCUUUUUCUUUUAAUAUUGGUCUUUAAUUUUUAAGUUAAAGUAUCAAAAAGAAAUACAUUUUCUUUGAAAACCAAAAAUGCAUUUCUUCAUGCACACCAAACUAACAGAAUGCAUUUACUGGGCUUCCCCUAUGUUGCAGUUCACCUUUAAGAAAUACAUGGAUCAUUAACACAGAGUCUUGGGCUGCUUGAAAUUCCCUUAAUUUACCUGCUUUGUCUAUCCUGAACACUUUUCCUUAACCCCAUUGUGAAAUGUUAUGAAGUAAAAGAAUUGUGUGGUGGAAGAUCUAUGCACAUUGUGGUACUCAGGAAAUCUGACUGCACUUAUACUGGUCGGAUGUUACUAAUCUCGUGUGUCUGCUGUAUAAAAACUGCAAUCUAUUGCU